AUGAAGCAAGAAAUCAAUAAUUUUAUGCAGACAGAUUCUGAAUCUGUAUACCAGGCAUGGGAAAGAUUAGCAGCAAUGUUAAGAAAAUGCCCACAUCAUGGUAUCCAAGACCCUGACAUUUUAUAUAUUUUCAAUCACGGUCUUAAACCCUCGGCUAGAAAUGUAAUUGAUGCAGCAUUAGGAGGAUCAAUAAUGGAAAAAACUAAUGUAGAAGCAAUGCAAUUGCUUAACGAGAUUUCGGAAAAUGCUAUUCAAUGGCCCUCAGAUAGAACGAUUAUCAAGAAAACAACAAGAUUAAAUCAAGUUGAAGCUUUGAAUUCAUUGACACAACAAAUUGCGACCUUAACACAAAAAGUUGAGGCUUUUCAGGUAGGUGCUCACUCAUCAUCCCAACUUGAGAAUUGUGAUGUUUGUCAAGGUAAUCAUCCGAAUCAUGAAUGUCAAGCUUUAACACAAAACGAGGAACAGGUAAAUAUGAUUGGUUAUAGAAAUAAUUACUCAUUUGGUCGUCCCAUGACACAAAAACAUCCAGAAUUUCAAUGGAGUAAUCCUAAUGGUGCUGAAAAUCCUCAAAGUUUUUUUAAUCAAAAGCAGCAGCCUCAAAGAGCUCAUCAACAAAGCCUUGAAGACCUGAUGUACAAAUUCAUUAAAGCUACUGACGAGAAAGUUGAAAGUCAACAUUCAACUAUCAAGAAUUUGGAAAUUCAGGUAAGCCAAUUAGCAACCCUCAUGUCUGGACAAAUUCAAGAUAGAGAAGGAAAGCCACAAGAAGUAGAAAAGGUAAAUGAAGGUGAGAAUAAAAUAAAAUUUAAGUUUCCAAAAGAACAAAAGGAUAAAAGGAAAAAUGUACUAGAAAAUGAAUUGAUAAUAAAUCCUCACUCUGUACCUCUCCCUUUUCCCCAAAAGAUGAAAAGAGAAAAGCUUGACAAACAGUUUUCAAAGUUUCUAGAUAUUUUGAAGCAACUUUACAUUAACAUACCUUUCAUAGAUGCUUUGAAACAAAUGCCUUCAUAUGCUAAAUUUCUUAAAGAAAUUCUAUCAAGUAAAAGAAAAUUGGAAGAAGUUUCAGUGGAUAAGCUUAUGCAAAAAUGUAGUGCUAUACUUCAAAAUAAGCUCCCGCAGAAACUUGGUGAUCCAGAAACUUUUGCAAUUCCUUGUACCGUGGGAGGUACUCACUUUGAAAAGGCGUUAUGUGAUUCAGAUGCUUCAAUAAAUCUAAUGCCUUUUUUAAUUUUCAAGAAAUUAGAACUUGGUGAAAUGAAAGAUACUGGAGUGUCUCUUCAAUUAGCUGAUCAAAGUACUAAGAGACCAAAAGGAAUUGUUGAAAAUAUCCUUGUCAGAGUUGACAAAUUUGUAUUUCCAGUAGAUUUCCAGUAG